AUGUCUUGGAAGUCGAAGACGACAGUCUUCAGCCAGCUGCCGCAUGCGCUCCUGCGCUUGCAGGGUGGCGCCGUCAAAGCCGACAGCCUUCAUGAUCAUGGCCGUGCUGCGGUUGAGCAGGUCGGCGACAAGGUGUUCUGGGAGCACGGCCGCGGCGUCGUCGUAGGCGGGGGGCGGGGGCAUCGUUGUGCGGCGGCGUUUGGGGGGGCGGGCGAGCGCGCUGGAGUCGAUGGUAAGCUGUGGGGGGCCGGAGGCAACACCGCACGGAUAAAAUACCCCACAUCUCCACUCACUUCAACCAACCACAACACUACAGCAAAAAUGGCCAUCGCCCCAAUCGUCGGGAGACUUAGGAAGGGUCUGGUUCUUGACCUGUCUGUGGCUCUUGGUAUCGGUACCUCAAUGGGAUACCUCUUCUGGUACGGAUACCACAUCCCGGCCAUCCGCCAGCGCGAUGCGUUCUACGCAAAGAUUGAGCAGCAGCGCAUUGCCAAUUCGCAGUCCUAG